CAUAUGUCCCACUAAUCGAGUAUUAUCUAGAAUGUCAGCUGGGAGGGAUUAUAAGUUACCUCACCUCAGUCGGCCUCUGACAAAAGCACAUUCACAGUCUGCCAUCUCAGUCUAUGAGCAGACGGACCUGUGGAGAAACCGUACCACCGGCAGACCAUCACACUCACAUUGGGACAGCUUCAUCGAGCUCUACUGGAGCAGAGACGCAAGAAUGGCUCUCAUGAAAAGUGGAUAUCUAUGGCGACAAAGUUCAGUCCUGCAUCGCUGGAAAAAGAGUUGGGUCGACAUCUGGAUGGAUGGAAAUCUGGUCUACUACCAGGAUGAGAGCCGCAAGGACUAUGAAGGCCGCAUCCACUUAAAGCAGAAAUGUACUGCAGUGAGAGUGGGCCAGGAAUGUGCAGAUGUGCAGCCACCGGAGGGGAUGACAAGGGACUGUUUGCUGAUGGUCUGCGUUAAAGGGGGAUGCAACCUCACGCUCUGUGCCAACAGUGCCGAUGAAGCUCUGGCCUGGAAGUUGACCCUACAGGAGGCCAGAAAAAACCCGGUAUAUGUAUAUGACCCCUAUGAAGACUCGUACCACACUGUACCUCUGGAUGGCCACAAUGCAGUCUACAUUAGCCCAGGACAUGGCUACCUAGGGCCACACCAUGUUGUUGUGCACCAGGAGCCAUGCUUUAGUAUGGGAGAACAGGUGGCACUUGGCAUGCUGGCAGGAAUGGCAACAGGUGCAGCUCUACGUUCUCUCAUGUGGAUGCCCUUCUGGAUCUGAGGAUGCAGCACUUAUUACUGCAGUCAUUUUUAAAAUGAAACAGGCAUCCAGAUUCACAGCACAUGUCCAUUUCCUCCACUAUGUGCAUCUUACUAUUCGACUGGCUACCUGUCUACUUGGUUAAUAUACAUGUCCACCACAUUGUGACCAUUUUUCCCAA